UCACAUGGAGAAUAAUUCCGUAACAACGUUUCACAGCGGUGGACGCGUGCAGCGGACAAAAACUAAAAAGCGGCCGAUACAAAAUACAAAAUAAAGCAACACAAAAAAUUAUUAAGCAAAAGGCUAACAAGAAAAAAAUAAAAAAAAACACAACUUGUGUGAAUCGGAAGUCGAACUAAACUAAAAACGCAACACGGUAAAAUCAAAUAAAACAAAGAGACAAUAAAAGACGCGCACAAAACUCGAAAAGCAAAAAAGCAAAAGAAAAAACGCGAACUAAACGCGCGUGUGCAAAGCCAAAAGCAAAAGUAGUAAAUAAAUAAGCAUAAAGAGUAUUGUAUAUAUUUUUUUUCUGUUUCGGUUUCUGUGACUGUGGCAAGUACAAGUACAACUACAACUGCAGCAACUAAAACUAAAACUAAAACUGCAACGAAAUGGACCAAGAGCAGCAGCAGCUGAAUGGCGCGAUGCGCAACGUGUCUAUAAAUACGAAUGGACUCGCCGCCGCCACAAAGCUCAAUGGCCACAGCAAAGAUGAGACGGAUAAUGUGAGAAGAGUUCAGCAGUCAACGGUAACGGCGGCGACUGCGGCGAGUGCGGCGAAUGCGGCGAAUAAAACGACAAAUGCAGCGGCGGCUGCGACUGCGACGGCGACAGCGACAAAUGCAAAUGCAUUUCAAAUACAAACAUCGGCAAGUGCAGCGGACAAAAAGAAAAUGGUGUACGAGUUAUGUCAGCAGCUGUUGCUCUCCGAUGAGCAAAUGCAGGAGCUAACCUAUCGCAUAUUGCACGAGCUGCGUCGCGGCCUUGCCAAGGACACACACCCCAAGGCGAAUGUGAAGUGCUUUGUCACCUACGUGCAGGAUCUGCCCAAUGGCAAUGAGCGCGGCAAGUUCCUGGCCCUCGAUUUGGGCGGCACCAAUUUCCGUGUGCUGCUCAUCCAUCUGCAGGAGAACAACGACUUCCAAAUGGAGUCGCGCAUCUAUGCGAUACCGCAGCACAUUAUGAUCGGAUCGGGAAUACAGCUGUUCGAUCACAUUGCCGAAUGCUUGUCCAAUUUUAUGGCCGAACACAAUGUGUAUGCGGAACGUUUGCCCUUGGGCUUUACCUUCUCAUUCCCGCUGCGCCAAUUGGGUCUGACCAAGGGAUUGCUGGAGACCUGGACCAAGGGAUUCGAUUGUGCUGGCGUUGUCAACGAGGACGUUGUCCAGCUGCUGAAGGAUGCCAUCGCCCGUCGUGGCGAUGUCCAGAUCGAUGUCUGUGCCAUACUCAACGAUACGACGGGCACGCUGAUGAGUUGCGCCUGGAAGAAUCAUCACUGCAAGAUCGGACUGAUUGUGGGCACCGGUUCGAAUGCGUGCUAUGUGGAGCGUGUCGAGGAUGCCGAACUCUUCGAUGGCAGCGGCAACGGCAAGCCCCAUGUCCUCAUCAAUACGGAGUGGGGCGCGUUCGGUGAUAACGGAGCUCUCGAUUUUGUCCGCACCGAAUUCGAUAAGGAUAUCGAUAGUCACAGCAUCAAUCCCGGCAAGCAGACGUUCGAGAAAAUGAUCUCGGGCAUGUAUAUGGGCGAACUGGUGCGCCUGGUGCUCGCCAAGAUGACACAGUCCGGCAUCCUCUUCAAUGGCCAGGGCUCCGAGGUGCUCUUCACUCGUGGCCUCUUCUUUACCAAAUACGUGAGCGAAAUCGAGGCCGAUGAGCCCGGCAAUUUCACCAACUGUCGCCUGGUGCUCGAGGAAUUGGGCCUGUCGAAUGCCACCGAUGGCGAUUGCGCCAACGUUCGCUACAUCUGCGAGUGCGUCUCGAAGCGGGCGGCGCAUCUGGUGUCCGCGGGCAUUGCCACGCUGAUCAACAAGAUGGAUGAGCCGCAUGUGACGGUGGGCGUCGAUGGCAGUGUCUAUCGUUUCCAUCCCAAGUUCCACAACCUGAUGGUCGAGAAGAUUACGCAGCUGAUCAAGCCGGGCAUCACGUUCGAUCUGAUGUUGUCCGAGGAUGGUUCGGGACGUGGAGCGGCGCUGGUGGCUGCGGUGGCCUGUCGAGAGGAUGUACUCAAUAGCAAGUAAACGAUAUCGUGGCAAUAUCGUUAAUCGUUAUCGCUAUCAGAAUCGGAAUCAGCGUCGCAGUUGCUAACCACAAUAGCAACAACAACAGCAACAACAACAACCAAUCAAUUGAGUUCGAAAUGCAAUUCGAAUGCGAGAAGAAAAUGAGUUAGUUUCCUUUGUGGCCGCUGCGCUGCUCGUGGCGUUCCAUCAUCUACCACCCACCCCCAACUACCCCCCACCCAAAAACAAAAAACUACUCCACACUCCCAGCCACAGCCGCCGCCAGGUGGCGCCAACGCAGCGCGCUUCUUAUUAGUAUUUAAUAUUAGGCAAGUUUUUAGAUAAAACGAUAAACAAAAAAACAAAAGCGAGGAAAAUGUUAAAGAAGAUGAAGAAAAACAUAUAUAUAUAUGUAACUUAAAAUGUCUACUUUAGCAAUUGUGUUUUUUUUUCACUCUCUCUCUCUUUCUCAAUCUGUUUGUUUUUCUCUUUGUUUUCACUUUCUGUUUUGCCCCGUUCUUCCCCCACUUUUUCUUUCCCCCCACUCAAUCUGUCAUUGUUGCUCUAUUCUUUAAUUUCAAUAAAUUAAAUUAUUUGCAUGCUUAAUUUAAUUGGUUAAAUUUCAAGCGAUUCUCGCGAUAGAAACAAACAACAAAAAAGAAGAAGAAAACAACAAAAAGAAACCGAAAUUGUUAAUAUAUUAUACAUAUACAUUAAACAUACAUACAUAUAUAUUUUACACAGACAUACAAAUUACACACACUUACACAUACGAUAUGCGAGUAUGCAAAUUUGUUAUUAAAUCUACAAAAAAAAAAAGCAAAAAAAAA